GAUUCCCAACGCAUCGAGUUGAUGUGAGGAAUCACCAAGUGUUGCAACGGCCAUGGCAGCGACGAGUUCCAGGAGGAGAGGCCGAGGCGCAUGUCUCAGAUUCCUCGGGAUUGUGCUGGCGCUCUCCCUGCGGUGGCCGAGCACGGAGUCUCCAUUUGCCGCGCACGACUUUGCCGGAGGUGACAAGCCGGCGCCCUGGGCGUGGCGGAGUUGCUUUGCGCGCCAGCCCGCAGCAGGACAGCGACGCGGAGGACUGGCUCGCCAAGAGCCGCGAGGAGGUGGAGGACUUUGGUGAGGAUGAGGUGUCACAAUGGACGAAGCCCCAGGCAUUGCCAGCUGGGUACUCAGCCACCUCUUGGGUGCGGGAUGCACUAAAGGCCAAGUUUGAUGCUGUUAUGCAGAACGGCAAUAUCUCCAUGCUGCAGAACUGGGAUACGUACAAGCGCACCCUACCGGUUCGGGAAGUGGAUAACAAGCCAUUGCCUCUCUUCGAGUUGCUCUACUUCGGCAAUGAGGCGCACGUGCAGAAACUGGGCAGUCUCCUUGUGAAAGUGCCAGGGACGACGAGCUGCUUUGUGGCUCCUUACUUGUCAGCUCCCGGGGCGUAUGGCAAGACCAGCAGUGUUUUGCCAGCGUUUCUCGCAAAUGACGAUCUUGGGCUGUACCUGUACAUGAGCUUCUACAACAAUGCAGAGCGGCGCCAUGCGGGACCCAGCAUGCCAAUGAUUGAGACAAUGCGCAGCCAGAAGACAAACCCGGACCUAGCUGGAGUAGCGUUUAUAUGGGAUUGCUGGAAAAGGGAGAAUACGUAAGACCUAAUCCGCCACCGGAAUGGUUUACGUCAAUCACUGAUGUUACUGCUGGUCCCAUUGACAGGCUGCGUGAUCAGAUCAAGGAUUUGCUACAGGAAAUCAGGCCACAGCAAAAACUUGUCUUGAUACACUUGGAUGAGCACAAGAAGAUGUGGGAAGGCGAAGAUGUCCGCGCCACACUGUUUCGCUAUGCUGCGGUGCAAGCCCUGCUAUCAGUCGACUUUGUGAGAGUGCUGCUCACAUUCACAGAGCCGCCAAGCUUGCCGCCGGAUGUUGCCAGAAUUACGUCAGGUUUGGCUCGAGUUGCCUUGCCGUUCCCGAGGGCAGCAGCAGACAAGGUUGUGCUACAUUUUUGUCCAGGCAUUCUCGACAUUUAUGGGAAGCCUGUGGACUGGACAGCUGCCGAACAGAGGGUGUGGGCCUGUUGCUUGUUCUGGGUUGGUCUCUGCAUUGAUGUCGAUUCAGCAGUAACAUUGCACCAACCAGAAUCUCAACUCAGAAAAGGGUUUUCGUCGCUGAACGAAUGGGUACGCCGUAAGGGCAAAAAGAUCUCAAAAAGCCAAUUCCUUGCCAGAUUCGCUGAAAAGUUUGUCAAAAUCUUUUCAGGCUGCCGUCGGGGCAGCAAACAGCUAGAUGGCCAGAUGGUUAGAGACCUGGCAGCUGGCAUCGUGGAUAGAGACGAACCUCAGACUGAGGCAUUGCCAACAUUGGUUUCUAUUGACGUGCAGCGCCUGGGCUUGCCAUUGAACCGGGUGCUUCGCCUGCCACUGGGCCCGAGCGCGUCAGGCUUUCGGAGCUCCCGCGACUGGUUUUUGAGAGACAUGAGGAAGGCCUCCACCCAACUGUUGGGUGGAUCACCUCUGGAGCGCGCAGUUUUAUGUGCCUUAACAUGCAGGGACUAUCUGCCCCUACCCGAUUGCACCACGAUUAGGCUGUGCUUUGAGCAGCUCGAGCCAGGGAGGCUUUUCGAGAAAGUGUCUGCAACAGGUUCAGAACUUCAAUUGGCUUGUGCGCUUGAAAGCAUGAAAUGCAAUAUGCUGUACUACGAUGGGUUGGAUGGCACGGAGGCCCACCCGCUCGCGGACAUUUGGUUUUGUGCAGCUCCCGGAUGGCUAGUGCUGCUUGACUGUGGUGGCACGAAGAAGAAGGCCAAAAAGAAGAUGUCCGGAAAGCAAGCUCAAAUCCGCCAACUCGUCGAGAACGGUUGCCUUUCUGGCUGGAGAGUUACGGUGUUGCUUUUUAUACCUGCUGCACCCAGUGAGGCCACGGCAUCCUCGACGGUGCUGCCCAAUGUUGAUAUUGGCAUCAUCACUGGGAGUGUGGCAACUGAAUGGCUUGGUUCAUGGUCUCAGCUCUUGCAAUACCUCCCGGAAGACGGCUGAUCCAGACGAAGUGUUGCCAGUUCCCAGACAAUGCAUGGGUCCAUACGUCUCACAGGUCAACUGCCUUCUGUGCAGUGCCUUUCGAUGUUUCUUAUGCGCGCUCCGAAAC